GAGAUGGGAAGACUCGAAUCCAUGCCACGGCCAGUCCACUUUGGUGUCGCCCAAAAUAAGUCUCCUUAGGGGUCCAGGGAAAAGUUCAUGCCAAGAGAGUUGCCCAGGUGACCGAGCCAAAUUGCCUUCUUCUCCAUCCAUCCAUCCCCAACGUCAGGUUGCCGUGGCAACAGCAUCCCUGGAGGGGAGAGUGGAGAUUGGGUACCAGCCCCAGGCUCCUCCGGCCCCUCCCUGCCCCUCCCUUUAGAACAGCCGCCAAUCAAAGGAGCUCCUCGCCUGCCCAUCAGGCCUCUCGUCCAAUGGGAGGCCUCUGGAGGCGGGGCUCCAUCCUCAGCCAGAUCUUGGGAAGAAGCAAAGUGGCAGCAGAUCCCAAAGCGAAGAAGGAGGAGGAGGAGGAGAUCCAACAGUGAUCUCUUCGGUUUCUUCUCACGCAAGUGUUGGAGUCAUUCCCAGAAGGGCAGCCUCUUCUCCGUAGGAUCCCAGCAUGGCAGUCAACGGCGUGGCAGGACCCGAGUUGGGCGGCCUUGAAGAGCGCAUCCAUCAGGUCAACGUGGAGUCUUUGGAGAGCACCCGGCGGAUGCUGCAGCUGGUGGAUGAGAGCAAAGAUGCUGGGAUUCGGGCUCUAGUGAUGCUGGAUGAUCAAGGAGAGCAGCUGGACCGAAUCGAGGACGGUUUGGACCAGAUUAUCCAAGACAUGAAGGAAGCAGAGAAAAACCUCACCGAUAUGAGCAAAUGCUGCGGCCUGUUCGUUUGCCCUUGUGCCAAGUUAAAGAACCUAAAAGCUAUGGAGGCCAAUAAAGCCGCAGGGAGCAACGACCAGGACAAGGUGGUCUCUCGGCAGCCCUGCCUGGUGGCCGAUGGGAACCAGAUGAUGAUGAGCGCCCCUUUCAUUCAGAGAAUAACGAAAGACGACGUGGAGGAAGAGAUGGAGCAGAACCUCACCCAAGUGGACAGCAUGCUGAGCAACCUGCGGAGUAUGGCGGUGGACAUGAGCAACGAAAUUGACGUCCAGAGCAAGCAAGUGGAGAGCAUUAAAGAAAAGGCCAUCGCCAACGUGAUCAGCAUCAACGAGGCCAACAACCAAACCACCAAAAUGCUGAAGAAAGCCUGAAUGGCCCUCCAGCAUUUACGCCUUGCGCCCCCAAAACGGCCCUUCGAAAUAUUCACAACCCAGCUUUUUCCAUCCUAACCCCAGAAUGGACUGAUUCAGACCAGAGCAUUUGAAAUCGAGUUCCCUGGUGUCUGUUUCUGGUUGUUAAAGUGAUGCCGUGAAGCACCUUGUGCCGUACGCAUGGCAAGCAAUGUCCCCUUUCCCAUUGGGGUUUCUCUAUAUACCAGCCUUUACCUAUAGAAAAUAGUGAGCCGAUGGUUUGGGUAGGUAAAAGGGUAUACUGGGAUGGUCCUGGAAAUUAUGUGCACUUAAGUUUAGACAUGUUUGAUUUCAGUUAGUCUGCUGAAAAACAAAAGGGCUUGGAAUAUUACUACAGGUUGAGCAUCCCAAAUCCAAAAAAACCCCAAAAACUCCACAAUCUGAAAUUGGCUAAUUUAGUGACACCUUUUCUUCCCAGUGAUUCAGUGCGCAAAAACAUGGUCCCGUGCACAAAAUUAUUGCAAACAAUGGACACAACUGUAAGAGUUUGAGAAACUGCACUAAGAGUGAGAAAACUGUGCAGCUUUGCUAUAAAAAAAACCCUGUACUCCAAUUGUUUUCCAUUCACUGUCUUUGAAUGUUGUGCAAACUAAAUGUGAAGCGGUAGGAAAAGAAACUCGAAAGCCAAAAUCUUUGGCCAGUUUUGAACGUGUUAAUUUCUUCCCUGCACAGUUUUGUUUCUGGGAUGAAAACAAUGCAGUUUCUGGACACGUUUUGUCAAAAAGGAGUGGUGUUUCCCAUUGUCCAAAAGGAGAAAAAACAAAACAGCCCGCAAACCAUAGGAUGAAAAUACUGUUUUGUUGUUCUUGACAUUUCCAGUUGAAAAGUAGUAAGAGAUAGAUGGAUUUGACAGCGUUUGCCAGUCAGAGCAGACAAUGCUAGGGCACGGUUUGUCUACAUCAGGGGUCCUCAAACUUUUUAAGUGGAGGGCCGAUUCACAGUCCCUCAGACUGUUGGGGGGCCGGACUAUGAUGAAAUAGUCCAAAAUUAGGAUUGUUGUUGUUGUGUGCCUUCAAGUCAUUUCAGACUUAGGUCAACCCUAAGUCUAAAGUUUAGGACAGAGGCCAAGUCAAGGACCUUGGAGGGCCACAUCUGGCCCAUGGGCCUUAGUUUGGGGACCCCUGAUCUAGACGAUCUCAUGAGACCAUAGGUAAGCAAAGAGACCUCCAAAGGCCAUCUAGAUGGUUUCAAAAGACCAUAGGUAAGGAAAGGGACCCCCAAAGGCCAUCUAGACAAUUUCAUAAAACCAUAGGUAAGGAAAGGGACCCUCAAAGGCCAUCUAGAUGGUCUCAUAGGACCAUAGAUAAGGAAAGGGACCCUCAAAGGCCAUCUAGAUGGUCUCAUAAGAUCAUAGAUAAGGAAAGGGACCCUCAAAGGCCAUCUAGAUGGUCUCAUAAGAUCAUAGAUAAGGAAAGGGACCCUCAAAGGCCAUCUAGAUGGUCUCAUAGGACCAUAGAUAAGGAAAGGGACCCUCAAAGGCCAUAUAGAUGAUCUCAUAAGAUCAUAGGUAAGGAAAGGGACCCUCAAAGGCACAUCUAGAUGGUCUCAUAGGACCAUAGGUAAGGAAAGGGACCCUCAAAGGCCAUCUAGAUGAUCUUAUAAGGCCGUAGCUAAGCAAAGAGACCUUCAGAGACUAUCUAGAUGAUCUCAUAAGACCAUAGGUAAGCAAAGAGACCUCCAAAGACCAGAUAGGUCUAAAGUUUAGGACAGGGGCCAGGUAAAUGACCUUGGAGGGCCUUGGUUUGGGGACCCCUGAUCUAGACGAUCUCAUAAGACCAUAGGUAAGGGACCCUCAAAGGCCAUCUAGAUGAUCUCAUCAGGCCCUCAGAAGACCAUAGAUAAGGAAAGGAACCUCAAAAACCAUCUAGAUGGUCUCAUAAGACCAUCGGUAAGGAAAGGGGUCCCCAAAGGCCAUCUAGGCAAUCUCAUAAAACCAUCGGUAAGGAAAGGGACCCUCAACGGCCAUCUAGAUGGUCUCAUCAGACCUUCAGUAAGGAAAGAGACCUCCAAAGACCAUCUAGAUGGUCUCAUAAGGCCGUAGCUAAGCAAAGAGACCUUCAAAGACCAUCUAGACGAUCUCAUGAGACCAUAGGUAAGCAAAAAGAUCUCCAAAAACCAGGUAGACUUAGGUCAACCCUAAGUCUAAAGUUUAGAACAGGGGCCAGGUCAAUGACCUUGGAGGGACGCAUCCGGCCCCCGGGCCUUAGUUUGGGGACCCCUGGUCUACAUUGUAGAAUUAAUUCAGUUUGACACCACUUUAACUGAUAUGGCUCAUUGGUAUGGAAUAUUAGAUUUGUACUUUGGGGAGGCACCAGCACUUUUUAGCAGAGAAGGCUCCUGACUGUAUAUCGCUCCAACUCCAUAGCCUUGAGCCAUGUCCGUUCAAGUGGUGUCAAACUGUGUUAAUUCCACAAUGUAGACCAGUGGUUCUCAACCUCUGGGUCCCCAGGUGUUUUGGCCUACAACUCCUAGAAAUCCCAGCCAGUUUCCCAGCUGUUAGGAUUUCUGUCGGGUGAAGGCCAAAACAUCUGGGGACCCACAGGAUUGAGAACCACUGGUGUAGACACACCCCGAGAGGCGAGAAAUGGUCUGAAUCCAACAGAAGGCAGUUCACAAAUAUACAUGUCAACACCCGGGGCCUGGCUUCGAUACAACGCGUCACUGUGAUCUUUUUGACGUUUCUGUUUUCGUUGGUUACGACUUUUAAAACGUGUGGUGAUUAAAACGAGGUGUGCAUUUCUAAAAGCA